CGCCGUCGGUUCUCGCCUUUGGCCAGACGUUGGCGGCUGCGCUAACGCCAAGUUGCGGACUAGGAGUGUCGUCGCCGCCAUGAGCCGCAGCUACAACGAUGAGCUGCAGUACCUGGAUAAGAUCGACAAGAACUGCUGGCGGAUCAAGAAGGGCUUCGUGCCGAACAUGCACGUGGAGGGCGUGUUCUACGUGAACGACCCCCUGGAGAAGCUGAUGUUCGAGGAGCUGCGCAACGCUUGCCGCGGCGGAGGUGCAGGUGGCUUUUUGCCUGCUAUGAAACAGAUUGGGAAUGUGGCAGCAUUACCUGGCAUUGUUCAUAGAUCAAUAGGCCUUCCAGAUGUCCAUUCUGGUUAUGGGUUUGCCAUUGGCAACAUGGCUGCCUUUGACAUGAGUGAUUCUGAAGCAGUAGUUUCACCAGGUGGUGUUGGAUUUGACAUCAACUGUGGUGUCCGCUUACUGCGUACAAAUUUGGAUGAAAAUGAUGUGCAGCCUGUGAAGGAACAGCUUGCCCAGGCUAUGUUUGACCACAUUCCUGUUGGCGUCGGCUCCAAAGGUGUAAUCCCCAUGAAUGCCAAGGAUUUGGAAGAGGCACUGGAAAUGGGUGUGGACUGGUCUCUCCGGGAAGGCUAUGCCUGGGCAGAGGACAAGGAGCACUGUGAGGAAUAUGGAAGAAUGCUGCAGGCUGACCCCAACAAGGUCUCCUCAAGAGCAAAGAAGAGGGGCCUGCCUCAGCUGGGGACCCUGGGAGCAGGAAAUCAUUAUGCUGAGAUCCAGGUGGUGGAUGACAUUUACAAUGAAUACGCUGCCAGGAAGAUGGGAAUCGACCACAAAGGGCAGGUGUGCGUGAUGAUCCACAGUGGCAGCAGAGGUCUGGGCCACCAAGUUGCCACAGAUGCAUUGGUGGCUAUGGAAAAAGCUAUGAAACGGGACAAAAUCAUAGUGAAUGAUCGCCAGCUGGCAUGUGCCAGGAUUGCCUCCACAGAGGGACAGGAUUAUUUGAAGGGAAUGGCAGCUGCUGGAAAUUAUGCAUGGGUCAACCGCUCUUCUAUGACUUUUCUAACAAGACAGGCCUUUGCCAAAGUCUUCAACACAACCCCAGAUGACCUUGAUAUGCAUGUUAUCUAUGAUGUGUCUCACAACAUUGCCAAAGUGGAGCAACAUGUAGUGGAUGGAAAGGAGAGGACUCUGCUGGUGCACAGAAAGGGAUCAACCAGGGCCUUUCCUCCUCACCAUCCUCUUAUUGCUGUUGAUUAUCAACUGACUGGACAGCCUGUUUUGAUCGGUGGGACUAUGGGCACCUGUAGUUACGUUCUUACUGGCACAGAGCAAGGCAUGACUGAGACCUUCGGAACUACUUGCCAUGGAGCUGGUCGUGCACUGUCUCGAGCCAAAUCUCGACGUAACUUGGACUUCCAGGAUGUAUUGGACAAGCUGGCUGACAUGGGCAUUGCCAUCCGUGUUGCUUCUCCCAAACUGGUCAUGGAAGAAGCACCAGAGUCUUACAAGAAUGUGACAGAUGUGGUUAACACCUGCCAUGCAGCUGGUAUCAGCAAGAAAGCCAUUAAACUGAGACCUAUUGCUGUUAUAAAAGGUUAGGAACUGACAAGGCAGCAGAAAUGCACGGACAUCUCCAAGCCUUACACAAAACUGACUAGAACCAUCACCUUUUCACACCUCUUGGACUCUGUAUGUUGCUCAGAGAUCACAUCCCUGUGCUGGAAACAUAACAGUUGAGGUUACCCCUAUUUUUAACAACUCCUAGGCAUAAUUAAUUCCCCCUUCUGCUUCUUCUGAUAGGCAGGGUAUGGUGCUUCUUGGGCAGGGCAAGGUUGCUCUCUUUGCAGAUACUGUUAUGCAUAGUCUGUACUGUUGCAUGCUCUAUGGCAGUUAGGUAAGAAAUCGAGUUGGGAGUGCUCUCCCACUUGCAUUGAGAGGGACUAGCUAGGCUUGAGACACAGCGCUCCCCUCUUUCCUCACCCUCUCCCAUUUAACACAGUACCAGGUGUACUUGGCUCAGCAUGGGUAGGUGUUCCACAGUGUUGUGGAAAUGGUAAUAGGACUGACUAUGUUGCUUUGAAAGGUUCUGUUUGCCUGGUAGAAGUUGUGACUUAACAAUUUAGAGAUAUGUUAAUCCCAACACUUUUCAAAGUCCUAAGCAUGUAAAAGUUGGAUUGGAUAAUAUUUCUAACUGUUUCCUGCAGCUUUGGUUUAAGUGAGUCCAAUUGUAGGGCCAGACGCAGUACGAUGUGACAUCUGAUGUUUCUUUUACAUUCAUUAACCAAGACUGGAGGGGAAGCUGACCAUCCCUACCAGGACAUUUUGGGAAUAACAAAUAAAAUGGGAAGAUGGACAC